AUCAAGCUGUGCACACGCUGACAGGGGGUCACCACAACAUCUGAAGAAACCCACAUUCCUAGAGAACCAGCAUCCAUCACAGGAGCCGAAGAAUACAAGACGCUGUGGUGCUCGUCUGUGGCCUGACACCCAUGAGACAGAAGACCUGCAAACUCUAAUUUUGAUUUCCUAACAAACAUCAUCUAAACCUCAAAAUGAAGGCAUUCAGCAUUGCAGUUGCAGUGACACUCGUGCUCGCCUUUGUUUGCAUUCAGGACAGCUCUGCCGUCCCAUUCCAGGGGGUGCAGGAGCUGGAGGAGGCAGGGGGCAAUGACACUCCAGUUGCGGCACAUCAAAUGAUGUCAAUGGAAUCGUGGAUGGAGAGUCCCGUCAGGCAGAAGCGUCACAUCAGCCACAUCUCCAUGUGCCGCUGGUGCUGCAACUGCUGCAAGGCCAAAGGCUGUGGCCCCUGCUGCAAGUUCUGAGGAUUCCCGCAACAACCUCAAAAUAUAUUAAUUUAUUACACUUGUUUGUCAAGAAAUGACCUUUUUCUUGACCUCUUUUGUAAUUUUGUAUAAUCUGUAAAAAAAAGGGUAUGAUUCAUGGAAAAGCACUUUGAAUAAAUGCUAAAAAAAAAAAA